CGUGUUGCAGAUUCACAAUAGAGAAAGAUGUUGGUAGUGGAAGAAGUUUUAAGUGAACUUAGUGGGGAAGAGGUGAACGAGCAGGGAUUACCGCCUGGGUUUAGGUUUCACCCUACAGAUGAAGAGCUCAUCACUUUUUAUUUAGCUUCCAAGGUCUUCAAUGGAAGCUUCUGCGGAGUGCAGAUCGCUGAGGUUGAUCUUAACCGAUGUGAACCUUGGGAGCUUCCAGAUGUGGCGAAAAUGGGGGAAAGGGAGUGGUAUUUCUUCAGCUUGAGGGACAGGAAGUACCCAACGGGGGUGAGAACAAAUAGAGCUACCGGAGCUGGGUACUGGAAAGCCACCGGAAAAGAUCGGGAAGUGUACGGCGCCACCACCGGAGCACUACUUGGAAUGAAAAAAACACUUGUCUUCUACAGGGGGAGAGCUCCCCGUGGAGAGAAGACGAAGUGGGUCAUGCAUGAGUACCGUUUAGACGGUCACUUCUCCUGCCGCUACACGUGCAAGGAAGAAUGGGUGAUUUGCAGAAUAAUUCACAAAAAAGGUGAGAAGAAAAAUGGUCUAGCUCAAGCACAACGCUAUAACUUGGAUGUUUCAUCUUCACCAACAUCAGCAACAACAUCCUUUCCUCAUCUGAUUGAAACCCCAAAUCCGUUCUUGGAAUCUCAGUCUCGAACUUCAAUGCAAACCCAAACUUCUUUUCUGGAAAACGACCUGAAAAGCUUAAUAAACCCAGUGGUAUUCCCAGCUAAUGAUAAUGGGUUCCAGCCCUCCUUUUCAGCAACUCCCACUUUUACUAGAACACCCGACAAGAACACUGUCGAAAACAGUAGCAACUCAUCGGCAACAUCGAUGCUCUUCAAGUCCCUAAUCUCACACCAAGAUAGCAUUUUGAAGGAACAAGCCGUUACUAUUCUCAAACAGUGCAAGACUGAGGCUAACCUUACCCAUUUUCCACUGCCUGAUGCCAGCACAAUGAGUUGGAUGGACAAGAUUCAUCCCCUUAACACAUGUCAAAAUCCCAUGUUUUUCGACAUGGAUUACAAUAAUAGUAUGUUGGGGUUCGCUGACAAUAUAUAAAUGUCAUGA